GAAAGCAUYAUCAGUGGUAACGURAUGUCAGUYAGUUCAAUUCCUUCACUUGGUGACAUGAUUGACCCUCCCAUACAGAUCGUCUUGUCCAAUAACAAUAAAGAUGUAAGCCAGUUCGAAGAGCAGUGUGUAUUCUGGGAGAAAGGYUUAGGGAACAAGCCUGGAAAAUGGUCUUCACGUGGUUGUAAGUUUGUCGAGUCCAAUCUCUCUCAUACAAUCUGUGAAUGUACGCACAUGAGUACAUUCUCAGCAAUCGCGAACACAGCAAAACACAAGCAAAUCGCCAUUGCCACUGUUCCACCAACGUCUCCCCAGCCUGAGCCUGAGGAAAGCAAUGUWUUGUACAUAUUACUGGGAAUCCUGGCAUUAUUGAUGAUCAUAUUGGUCCUAAUGGCUGUGGUGUAUCUGAUUUGGAAAAGAAGAAAAGGUGGUCAACAAGAAAGAAGUACCACUAACAGUCGAGCAGAAUCUAGAGGAAGUGGAAAAUCGCGUUCUGACGAGAGCUUGAGCACAGGAUCAGAGGAAUUUGACGAUAUGAUGGCGUCCAGGCGAAGGAAUGUCCACCCAGACAUCAAGAAGGGACCAAUGAAUUCUCCAAGAUGGCAAAGAAUGAGGAAGAAUGGAGAAAAUCCUGAAGAUUUGAUGUUAAAAGAGAAGUCGUACCUCUUUUCAGACUAUCAUCAACCAUAUCACUUCCUGUCUGCCAAGACUCCCGAACCAUCRUCGUCUAAUCGUCGACAGCGCUCACGUUCAAGCUGAAUCGUGUAAAAAAACUCUUUUGAAAAGCCCUCUUUCACUAUGACGUCACAUACUAUCAAGACCAGAAUGCCUUGCCCCCUUUCUUUGUAUAUUAAUUAGUUUCAAUAGUUUUACAAAUGUACAAAAGAAAAGAAUGAAAAUAUGUAUCGUGGUCUUGGUAGCUAUUUGACGCAGCGGUGAAUGCUGGUCUAUUAUAGAAACUCAUUAUGGCCUAGCCAAAAUAAUAUAUACCGAUUUCAGAAAAAAAUGACACUUUUAGAUACAUGCAUAUAUACAAAACACUUCAAAAAUGACCGAAAAAAUUAUGCGAUGGCUACCUAAAUAUACUUUCAAGAAUGCCCGAGUUAUGCUUUACUGCUUUGCUCUAGAAAAUCACCCGCAAUAGGCCAUUUGYAUGAUGGCGUAAAAGGCUUUGCGCAUUUUCUUAUUCUGAUUUUUAACCCCUUUGGAUGCUAGUUAAGUAAUCGGGAUUAAUCACAUUACAAACGAAAGUGAAGUUUCAGUUAAUUACGCCAUAAUGCAGAUAGUCUAUCGUCACAGGAAUUAUCUAUAAAAUUAAAAAAACUUGUACUGUUAUUCUGUAAAAGUUUAGSAGUGACCUUAUGACGCAAUGUAUAUAGCUCUUUAUAUAUGUAUUUUACAAAGUAAAUAUUAAUGCRAAUAUAUUCGUUAUGAAAUAUCGUCGUCUUCGCUAAAAUUGAAGACGCGCACAUAUUCACAUGUUAAAGGUAUGCCGCACCAAAUCGAUUAUUGAUCGCAGGUUCUGAGACUGAAAUCAUACAAGGGACACUCGCRGUCGCUUUGAUACCAUACAAGGAUGUGCCGGCUGUGAUAUCAUAAGCAAGACAAUAUAUGUUCUUAAAGAUUGUGUGCGUCAAGCUAUAACUGCAAUAAAUCGUUUGCAUAAAAUUACACCAAGGAAGAUAGAAUGUCAAAAUAGUCGGAUUCCGUGUUCUAAAGACUUAAAAGAGUUCAAAGACRGUUGUGYCAACGAAUUAACUUAAGUUUAUAUAACACUACUCCAMACCAGUUUGUGCAUAUUUUUAAUAAAAAUUACCAAAUAUUCAUCAUAAAAUAACCSAAAGAAAGCUUACAUCAUAUCAAAUUGUAAUGAAUUGUAAUUCUCAAUUUCGUUUAACUCAAGAUAUAUUAAUUUUACUAAUCUAAUUAUCUGUAAUCACAUAUAUAAAAUUUACAGUAAUAUUUCUUGUGUAU